GGGGGCUGUGGGCCCCUCGUGGCAACCAGGCUGCCACAGAGAGAGGAUGGCCAGCAGGAAGGCGGGGACCCGGGGCAAGGCUGCAGCCACCAAGCAGGCCCAGCGUGGCUCUUCCAACGUCUUUUCCAUGUUUGAGCAAGCCCAGAUCCAGGAGUUCAAGGAAGCUUUCAGCUGCAUCGACCAGAACCGUGAUGGCAUCAUCUGCAAGUCAGACCUUCGGGAGACCUACUCCCAGCUCGGGAAGGUGAGUGUCCCAGAAGAGGAGCUGGACGCCAUGCUGCAGGAGGGGAAGGGCCCCAUCAACUUCACCGUCUUCCUCACGCUCUUUGGAGAGAAGCUCAAUGGGACAGACCCUGAGGAAGCCAUCCUGAGCGCCUUCCGCAUGUUUGACCCCAGCGGCAAGGGCGUGGUGAACAAGGAUGAGUUCAAGCAGCUUCUCCUAACCCAGGCAGACAAGUUCUCUCCGGCUGAGUGCCUCCCACAGGUGGAGCAGAUGUUUGCCCUGACACCCAUGGACCUGGCAGGGAACAUCGACUACAAGUCCUUGUGUUACAUCAUCACCCACGGUGACGAGAAGGAGGAGUGAGCAGGAGACGCCGGUGGCCCGGUGGCCGUGACUCAGUGCCAGGCCCUUGGGGUCACCUCAAUAAACACUGUUUCUG